AUGCGGUUUCCGCGCUGGCUGGCCGCGGGCUGCUUCGCUCUCAGUAUGGCCCCGCCCGUUGCCGCCGAGAAGUUACUACAAUCUCACGCCCUCGUUCCAUGUUCGAAUGAUGGAAUUAUUUCGGUCAACCAUUUUGAUAUCGUCUUUACACCCGGGAAUAUGAGUGCGACGAUUAGUUUUGACGGAGAGGCCACCUACGCCGGCAAAAUUCGUAUCGAUCUCGAACUCUAUGUCUAUGGGUACAAAGCCACCACCAAAUCAUUCGAUCCAUGUGUCUUGAAUGUCGAUGCGCUCUGCCCACUGCAAAAAGAUACCGCUUUGAAAAUCGCAAAUGUCCCGCUAGACCUCUCGGGCGUCGACUUGUCUAUUAUCCCGAGUAUUGCAUAUAGCGUCCCCGAUCUCGAUGCCUUGGUCCGUCUCGAAAUUAUAGACGCCGAAACUGGCGGCAAAGUGACUUGUGUCCAGGCCUGGGUCAACAAUGGCGUGACGGUCGACCAAAUGGGCGUGGCAUGGGCCAUGGCCGUUCUAGUCGGAUUAGGACUUCUCUCCACGGUCGUCGUAUCGAUUCUCGGCCACGCUAAUAUCGCAACUCACGUCGCUUUCCGCACGUUACUCUUCCUCGGCUUCUUGCAGAGCCAGGCUAUGUGGGGUAUGACGGCUGUUAGCCAGCGCCCACUGGUUCAAUCGUGGACGCAACUCUGGCAGUGGACGAUGGGGUUGGUGGGUGCUCCGUUCUUGCAGACCAUUUGUACUUGGUUUCAGCGUUCGACGGGUGGUACCCCCUCCCAGAUUCUCACCCAGACCGAUGAGUAUUCGGUGAUUAUGCAGAAGCGCUCGUAUGAGCCUGGAUCGCUGGUGGCCCGUACCACGGAUAUGACGGUCGAUGGUGGAGAAGUCGAGGUGCGAGGUAUCGAGCGCGUGGGUUUCCGUAUUAACAUCGAGCCAACCAACAUCUUCAUGACGAGCUAUCUGUUCUUCUACUUUGUGACAGUGGCUUUCCUCUUGGUGAUCUUGUUCCUCAAGCUGGUUGUGCCCCGACUGGCCAAGAAAGCGAAAAGCGCAAAGAUGGAGCGCCCGAUGGUCGCAACAUCCGAUUGGAAGGACUUUAUGCGCGGCAGUCUAUAUCGACUGGCUUCGAUUGGAUAUCCGCAAAUAUGUGCCCUCGGUCUGUGGGAGUUGAUCCACCGAGACUCCGCCGCCGAGAUCGUCCUUGCCAUCUGCAUGUGGCUCACGAUGACCAUUGUUCUCUGCUGGGCAAUCUUCAAGGUCUUCCAACGCGCCCGACUAUCACGAACCCUCCGCCAAAACCCCGCCUACACUCUCUACUCCGACCCCGUCUGCCUCACUCGCUGGGGCUUUUUAUAUGUCAACUACAGAGCACAAGCCUACUACUUCAUGAUCCCGCUCUUCCUCUACACCCUCGCCAAGGGCCUCGUCAUCGCCUUCGGACAGUCCAGCCCCCUAGCCCAAGCCAUCGUCCUCCUCAUCACCGAAGCAGCCUUCCUAGUCGCCACAUGCGUGAUUAGACCCUACAUGAACAAAACGGCCAACGUAUUCGCCAUCAUCGCCACAGUCCUCAACUUCCUCAGCUCAAUCUUCUUCCUCUUCUUCACAAACGUCUUCAACACCCCCGAACUCGUCGGCGGCGUCAUGGAAGUCCUCUUCUUCUUCCUCAACGCCGUCUUCGCCCUCGCCCUCCUUGUCUUCUUCCUCAUCGGCUUCUACUACGUCGUCACCCUAAAAGAACCCGCCGAACAAUACACCCGUCUCGCCGAUAACCGCUCCUCCACCGUUCUCGUCGAAGACCGCCGUAUCACCGAGCUGCAGCCGCUGGAGAAGAACCUCGAAGUCGAGGAUGGCCAUAUGACAUCCCGUGGAAAUGUCUGGGAACCUGUUUCUACCCGGUCAACAUCUGAAGAGGAUAUCACUGAGGCACCGCAGCAGCCAUUCGGUCACACCCUGCAGCCAACUCUACCUUCCAUCCCGACCAGUGACUCUGAUAGCUUACAGUCACGGCGGUACGAUGUACCACGGCAGGAAGAGCGGUUGGUUUGA